ACAUUUUCCGAAACACUAAAGUGUUCUUUAGACUUGAAGGAUUUUUAACAAUGCACGUUAUUCAAAAAGGUACGUCCUUAAAGUACAUGUUCAAAAAUUGUUAUGAUGUGUUUGAAACUUAACCAAGACUCGUGCAUUAUGUGUAUAUAUAACCGCCGGCAAUGACGCGCCUUUGGUUAUCAUUAAUAAUGUGGCUGGCUGUAGCAAAAUCUUCCCACACAGAAGGCUAAUUGGUACAUUUCUCAUAACAGGUUGCAGACACUGAAUACUAUUGAUAUCUGUUUUCUAUGUCAAAACUUCAUCUUGCCAAGGACAUAUAGUGUUCCAAGUUUUCACGUCAAGUUGAACGGAAAAGUGAAUUCCUGUUUAUGCAGUAGUACUGGGAGGGUGAAGUUGUGAAAAAGCCACGAAUUGAAAGACUCGUGCAUUAUGUGUAUAUAUAACCGCCGGCAAUGAUGCGCCUUUGGGUAUCAUUAAUAAUGUGGCUGGCUAUAGCAAAAUCUUCCCACACAGAAGGCUAAUUGGUACAUUUCUCAUAACAGGUUGCAGACACUGAAUACUAUUGAUAUCUGUUUUCUAUGUCAAAACUUCAUCUUGCCAAGGACAUAUAGUGUUCCAAGUUUUCACGUCAAGUUGAACGGAAAAGUGAAUUCCUGUUUAUGCAGUAGUACUGGGAGGGUGAAGUUGUGGAAAAGCCACGAAUUUGAAAGAUCUCUCCGGAAAAAUAUCCACAUAUUGGAAAAGGUUUUUAUAAAGAGUUUCAGCUAGCUUGAAUUUAAAACGGAACUCUUGCAAAAUGGCUGAGGGAGUUGCGAUAAACCAGAAUGUCUCGGUUGAUACAGGGACCCAAACCAGUUCUGGAUCAACAUUGUUGUUAAUCCGCUCGUACAGUGAAGCACGAAAACUCUUUGCUCUUUCUCUGUCUAUCAAUUUACUCCUCAUUGUGUUGGCGUUAACUGUCAACGCGUUCAUAUGCUACAUCAUGAUUCGUGGGAAACGGUACAAAAGAAACAGGUCCAAUCUAUUUAUCACGCAUUUGUCCAUGGUGGAACUAGUAUAUCGCUUGCUUAUCUUUCCCUUUCUUAUUUACCUUGCUGUUCCAUCAUCAGGAAUACAGAGUUUCCAUUGUAAAGUUGUAUCAUUCUUUUUAAGAACUUCUGCAUCAGCCAUUUUCGUCAGUCUGGUUGCCAUCGCUGCAGAUCGAUAUCACAGCAUUCUCCAUCCACUCAAGAACUUAAAAUCAAAACAAAAGCCCACUCUGCACAUUUGUGCUGUUUGGGUGUAUGCUGCAAGCGUGUCAAUCCCAAUUGUUGUCAGCGAGAGAGCUGUUCCGGUUGUAGAGAUCCCCGAAGCUCGAGGUAUGAUUUGCGACGAUUGUGCCAACAAGAUGCUGUGUGAUACUCCUCAAAACUCGCUGGGUCGAUUUUCAGCUACGUUGUAUUUUCUUCUGGGACUUGGUAUUCCACUGGCCGUUAUUAUCUGGUUUUACACCAAAGUAGUCAUCUUUCUGCAUAGUAGAGGCAAGAAUGGAAUGAUGCACAAAGUAUACGCAAGGUCAAAGUCCAAAGCAGUACGAAUGCUCAUAAUAACUGCAUUUGGGUAUGUGCUGUCUCUUGGUCCUUAUGUUGUUGUGGCAAUGCUGAGAUCUUACGGACUAUUCAACGAAACUCCAUUUGGUAUCAUGCUUCUAAUUAAUGGGCUGGUCGAUUUUGCCUCUUAUACAAGUUCACUGGUAAACCCUUUGAUUUAUUCUUAUUACAAUGGAGAUUUUCGAAAGGAAAUCGUGCGGCUUUGUGGUAGAAGUAAAGGUAGAAAAGUAUCCUAUACGGUGUCAUUUGAUAAUUCAAAAAUGAAUAAUUAAACACAUUUGGAUCCUUUUCUUUCUUGAGAAAGACAGCAAUGGUUGGCACAGUUUUAUUAAACAGUUGGUUAGUUCUACAUCGCAAGGGUUGAAAACAUUGCCAAUAAAUUAAACAUUGGCAGGACUUGGACCCUAUGCCAGCCGUGGAAUUAAAGGUUUCUAAAUUUGUGAAGCUUUGCAUGCGCUUUGCAACCGUCAUGAGAACGAAGCAAUGACAAGUUGGCCUAGGAUUAUUUAAUUUCGGAAAACUUAGAACUUCAUCGAUGGCAUCUAUUUCAGAUGCGCGUAAAUAGUGUAUUAUUGAUAUUAUUUCGCCAGAAGAGGGAAGCAGUUUUCAUUGUAAGCUAAAACAUUACGUGUGGUUCUCACCGUCGAUUAAGGGCGUUCAUUGGUUGGUCGAUAUCGCUAGUCAAUUAAACCAAUCUAUCAAAUCUUUAUUUGUAAGGUUUAAUUAACUUACACGAAUUGUGUCAUAGCAACUACUGAUAUGACUGUAUAACCAUAGAAUUUUACAGGUAAAUCUGAUAGAUUAGAGGUCUCCAAGUACGCUAUGUCUUUCAAGUUUUAGAUGUAAUUGAAAAUUGUUC